CGUGUCGCAAUGCAAACUGUGAAAAGCCAGAACCGCCAACCUAUGCAACGUGCCCAACAGGUACAAUUACCAUUGACUAGCCAGAUCAGCUGCAACCGUACCUAUCUACGCUACGAUCUUUGCUCGAUCAACGGCCCAACUGUCUUAGACCCCACCACCUCCACAUUCUUCACCAUGGGCCCCACCAGCACCGUCCAAGUGGAGAAAAUCAAGCCGUACCCGAGAAAAUACGAGGAUUACAUCAUGGCCCAAAUCAAAGAGCUCUCCCUUACCUCUGGCCCCACAAGCCCACCAUGCAAGAUCCAACACGAUGCUCCGGCCCUUGUGUUCAGUGCGGGAGGGUACACUGGAAAUUUCUUCCAUGAUUUCAAUGAUGGGUUUAUCCCUCUCUUCAUCACCGUUAGUUUUAUCUUCCCCAACCGUGAUUUCAUCAUGGUGGUCUUGCAGGCCCGUGAUUGGUGGCCCAGUAAGUAUGCAGAUUUACUAAAGGUUUUCAGCGAGCACCCUGUUGUCACCCUUGAAAAGGAUAGUGCCACACAUUGUUUUCCUUCAGCCACUUUAGGCCUCAUGUCGCACGGUUUCAUGACUAUAGACCACACAUUAAUACCAAGCUCGAAAACAUUCAUGCAUUUCCGACAUCUCCUAGAAAAAGCCUAUGACCAUGGUCGAAGUUCAAUUUCCUCUCCUCAGCAUCGUCCAAACUCCUUGAACCGACCACGCCUCAUCCUAGUGAGUCGCAAACACAACGUAGCGCGGACGAUAAUGAAUCAAGAAGAAGUAAUUCAAGUAAUGAAAGAAAUUGGAUUUGAUGUCAUUGUGUUUGAACCAAGGCGUGACACAUCUCUUGACGAGUCCUACGCAUUGAUAAAUUCGAGCCAUGCAAUGGUUGGGGUGCAUGGGGCGGGUCUUACACAUGCAUUGUUCCUCCGGCCGAGGUCAGUGUUCAUACAAGUGGUUCCAAUUGGGGUUGAUUGGGCAGCGGAUGUGUUCUUUGGGAGAAUGGCAAGAGGCAUAAACUUGGAGUAUAUUGAAUAUAAGAUUGGGGUUGAAGAAAGUAGCUUAGUUAAAAAGUAUGGAAAAGAUAAUAUGUUAUUAAAGGAUCCCUAUGCUCUUCAAAAGAAAGGGUGGCCAAUAGAGAUUAUGGACAUAUAUUUAAAGGAACAAAAUGUCAAGCUUGAUUUGCUAAGGUUUAGGAAAAGUUUGGAAGGUGCUUAUCAUUUGGCAAAGAAGUUCAUGCAUAAGGAAGGGUAA